AUGUUUGGCAAUAAGUACUUCCUGAUCCUUCUGAUGGGCCUGGAAAUUUCUUCGCAGGCAAUAGGCGUCAGGAGAGUUCCAGUAGAAGUGUACAUCUCUGAAGCUGGACGAAAGAAAUUUCUUGAUAAAGGUAGAAGCAUUGAGGACAUUGUGGGAAGUGUUGCAGAGGAGUUGGAGUUGAAGAUGAAUGAACAUGUAUAUGCAGACAGAGCAAGCACAGACAAGCGCAAAUUCCACUUUGACUGGAGUGUUAGUGGGAUGACAUCUCCUGAAAUUGAUUUGGACAAGUGUGGAAAGGAUACGAGCAGAUUCCAAUAUGACCUGGUCCAAGCAGCUAGAGACAAGCCAGGCGCAUCAGUAAUUCUUCUCUAUACCUGCGAGUCUGAAGGAUAUAGUGAAGACUUUAUUCUAGCAGGGCAGAAGACACCUCUUGUCAUCCAAAGGAAGUAUCCCGAGUGCUCAAACGAUGUGGCAACGUUCACGGAGACCGAGCCUAUGAAGAUUGAGUCCAUCAUUGCUAAUGCCCUAUUUAUUACGGCAGGGUCUCCCCUGAACGAUAUGGUAGAAUUUGAGGAGGUUGAUAAUGGGAGAGAUGGAUUCAAAAGAGAUAUACGCCUAAAGACAACAGACUUCUCGCUUUUUUCUGGCGGAAUCUGCCACUAA